UUUAUAAGUAUCUUAGUCGCAAACCGUUUUUACAGAACCACAACAACUUUUGGUUACUUUCAUUGGAUUAAGUUGGUGCGUAUUUGAAGUUUAAAGUGAAACGUCAAAACUGUCAAGUUUGUUUGAUCAAAAAUGACCACCGCUGCUAGACCCACGUUCGAGCCGGCCCGCGGGGGCCAGGGGCGUAACGAGAAGGACCUCAGUGCUAUAUCUCGCCAAUAUUCCAGUCGCGAUCUGCCCGGCCACACGAAACUCAAAUACAGGGAGCACGGCCAGGGCACUGUUGAGGAGAUUCGCUCGCGGGAUUUCCGCAAAGAGCUCGAGGAGCGCGAAAGGGAAGCCAAGGGGUCUCGAGGGGCGCGUCCGUCCGAUCACAAGAGGCUGAAAUUGGACCAAGUGCCUGCGGCCAGUUUGGACGCGGACGAUCCCUUGGACGAAGAGGAUUCGGAUAGUGAGGAGAGCGAGGAUGAUAUGGAGUCGCUACUAGCUGAAUUAAAUAAGAUCAAGAAGGAGAGGGCGAUGGAGCAGGCCAAGAAGGAGAUUGAAAAGAGGCAAGAGGAGGAGAGGAUCCGUAUGGAGAAUAUCUUGAGUGGGAAUCCGUUAUUGACGCAUUAUUCCUCCGGGGCGGCCAAAACGGACCACAAGGUGAAGAGGAGGUGGGACGAUGAUGUGGUUUUCAAAAAUUGUGCAAGAUCUGAGCCCGAAAAGAAGACCAAUGUGUUCAUUAAUGACUCUCUGAGGUCAGACUUUCAUAAAAAAUUUAUGGAGAAGUAUGUUAAGUAAUGUUUGGCUCAUUUAUGUUAAUUGAUAGGAUUAAUUUAGCUCUAUUUUGUACAAUAAAUUUAUCGAUUAUUAUUAAUUCCCAAGGCAAAUAAAAGUCUAUAAAAUA